GUCGCACCUUUCUUGGUUAACCCAAUACAAAUGUAUUUUCUGGUAUCACUUUGAAAUCGUUAAUUAUUGGAAAUUAAUUGAAGCCUUUAUUUUUUUCACGAAAUUCGUUACGGAUUUAGAUUUACAUUUAAUUAAUCUAAAGUUUGCCAUUUUUUUGCUGGCCCAAGCUGCCAAUUUAAAAAAGGAGGAUUAAAAUCAAUGACAAAAACAAGUCUUCUUCAAAGAAUGAUCAGUUUCUCCCUCUCAUCUUACCUGACUAAAACCAGUUGUUAGUUGGAUGUUAACAGAAAAAUCCCAAACUAAAUCUUCUAAAUCAGUUCAUCUACAAUAUUUUCAACGACAAUUAGUUGACCAACAAUCACUUUCUAUAUUGUGAUCAUCACUUGACUUUAAUUAAGGAUUAAGACUUUCAAACCAAUGUGUUAGUGACUCUGUACAGUGCAAGUGUAUCUCAAUCGUACCAAAACACAUGUUAUUGGAUAAAGGAACCUUUGGACAGACAUUUUGACUAUAACUGCAAUCCAUUUUUUUAUUGCGACUCAUUCAGGUAAAAAACUGGUUAACCCAAAUUUGGAGCAAAGAGAUUCUCUUUUAUUUGGAGGCAAUUUUUGCCACUGGAUCGGAUUUUGACCAGAUUUGAAUCAGUGUUGUGUUUAUUGAUUUGAGUGUUUCAUCUGGUAAUGUGAUCAACAAUCUUGAGCUGAUAUCUGGUAGCUAACAAUAUAUUGGUACAAAAAGCUGUUACAGUCUUCACCAAUUUGUUCAAAGAAGACUGAUCAACAAUGGAGGAACCUUUGACACCUCGAGAGUUUUUAUCACGUUACAGUUUACCUCAACUGGUUCGUAUCCAUGAGGCUCAUCGGGUUAGUUUGGAUUCAACUUUAUCAUCUGACUGUUCAAGCUUGAGGCAACCUAGAUCAACCCUAAACUCAAUGGAAACUUCAGAAUCGUCUGAUUCUCGUACUUCAACCAUGACGAGUGAAUCUUUGGAUCGCUCAGAUUCUUCUGGUGUUGGACAAUCGAGACGAAAAUUGAUGCCCAGUUCAAUGAUGAUGAGAGGUGAACGAAACAACAAUCAUCACAAUAAUCAUCAGCAUCAUAAUAAAAGCAACAUUAAAUUAACCAAACAAAACAUUAAUCGUAACAACAAACAUCUGAAAGCUUUGACAAUCAAUGGCGCAAAUUUAGGCCUAAAUGGGUUACAUUUAUCAAGCUCAUCGCCUGGAGUCAACAAGAAAAGUGUUAAAACUAUUUCUGGCGUUAAAAAUGUUCUGCCCAAUGAUAUUAAUGGAUCUACAACAGUUAAUUGUGAUGAACUUGAUCUUGAUCAACCUUUCCUUCUUUAUAAAGCUUACACAAGUAGACAAGUUAUUGGUUACACUGUUUCUCCUGAUGCAUCAUUUGAUUCAAAUUAUUUUAAAAAGGUUGGACCCAAUUUGUUGAUUCCUGAAGGUUAUCGAGGUUGGUUCUCUUUGGUUAAUGGUAAAGGUCAUACAGCCGGUUAUUUUAACAGUAUCGAUGAAGUUGGUCGAGCCCAUGUUCCUUACUUCUUAACACGAGAUGCUAUUAGAGGUUAUAAAGCACCACGAUUUGCUGUAUUGGCGGAAACACCGACUCGAGUUACCUCACUAAUUACUGUUAAAGGUAACUCAAAUUAUGAGCCAAUUACCAUUGAAGGAGGAACUGUUUUGCGUUUUGUUGGCGUUUAUGAAGAUAUAAGUGCCUUUAUACUGACCAAUGGUAAACCUAAAAGCUCACUGCGAUUCAAAAAGAAUGUACCAACACCGUUAGAACAUGGUCCAAGAUAUGCUAAAUGUAUUAGAUUCGGCAAUGUUCCUGGUGGAGAAAUUGUAUUUGUACCAAUCACUGAAACUGGAAGAUUUUAUGUUAUGGCAAAACGCUCAAAUGAACUGAGCUACAAUCAUGUUUACUCAUUCUCUCAGCUUUUACGGUUAGUCAAGCUUCCUGUAACAGUUCAAUUAGUAACUGGACCCAGGCCUCGAAAUUAUCCUAAUUGUGAUAUCUUCCAAGCAAAUUUACCGACCAAUUUCAGUGCUGUGCUUCGUUUGGAAGAGAUUCGGGUUCGAGAUGUUAUUCUUGGCUGUACUUUACGACCCCAAACAACAAUUAAUAGUAAUCCUGAUCGAUCAAGUGCUUUAUCAUCAAUUAGAAGGACCUGGAGAGGAAAUAGAUCAAAUAUCAAAACAGAAGAUAAACCGGUUCUUCUUGAAUUUGAUCUAGACUCGGGCUUUUCUUUUUUCCGAACAUUUGUUGAAAGAAAUGGAACUUUAAGUAGUCGAAAAAUUCCAGAAUUGGUUAUCCAAAGAAUUGGCUAUUGUGAUGCUGAAGCUGAUUCUUGGCGACGACAAAUUAAAUUGGCUCAUGACAUUAUAACCAAAGAAGAUCACCAUCAACCAACACUUCCUUGCUACCGUAAAGCAAGAAAAUCCUUAUUUGAAUCAGGAGUUAUACCUGAUAAUUUACCUCGCUGUGAAAUCGAUAAACUAGCUUCAAUUGGAUCAAGAACUUCAUCUGGUGUUUCAACUGUUUCAAGAUUAUCCAAAAUAAUUCAAAAAUUUUGGUCUCCACUGAAGAAAGGUUCAACUGUUAGUGGUUUUCGCAGCAAAACUGAACGCGAUUUUGACCUAGGAGAGUUUGAAGAUAUUGAGGAAGACGUCAAUGGGGAAGAAAGUUCCAGGAUAAUUAUCAAUAAAGAUGUUAAUAGCCGAUCAAAGGCAGUUGUUGAUCAGCAUCAUUAUGAGACGUUGAAAAAAUGUGAUGAGGUUAAAUUUUUUCCUCCCAAACAAAAAUUGACCAGAAAACAAACGUUGGAUGUCAUCUUCGCUGAUCUUGAUGUUUCAUCUGACAAACAACCAGUUGAUAUAAUAGCUACUCCGAGUUCAGAAGAUGAACCAGCAUAUUCAACUAUUGAAUAAUCUAUUGUUAAUCAAUCCUCUCUUCUAGUCGAAAGCAUUGUGAUAUUAUUAAGAAUGUAUAAAUUUAAGCUGUGGAUACUUUCUAAUUAUUUUUCUUUUGUAAAUUAUGUUACUCUUAAAAUGACACUCAUCUAAUUCAUUUUAUUUGUUAAACCUUUGUAUAGUUGUGAUAAAUUUUGUUCAUUAAUUUGAUAAUAAACUACAUUCAAUCAAGA